CCUUCUGACGCUUUCGUGAAGUCGACUGCUACAAGAAAGUUGGGGUUAAUUUAAUCUUCCCUUCAUGCCAUUGUGAUUCUGGGAGAAGGAAAAUGAAGGUUGGGAUCAUCAGCAUUUUUCUGCUGGUGCUAACAUGCAGCCAUGCACUACAGAGAGGACGAGAUUACUUCAAGGAAAAAAUCUGCCAAGAGUUCAACAGCUUGGGAAGAGAUAAGUUCCGUAGCAUAACUAUUGUCUUGAACAGCAGAAAGUAUUGCAGUGCCACAUUUGAGGAAAUCUCCAGUAUUGUGAAUGAGAUUGUUGCCCUUGCAGAGAAAUGCUGUGUGGAAGGGGCUGAUCCUGAGUGCUACACCACUGAGUCUACAGCUCUCUCAGCCAAAUCCUGUGAUCCAAAUUCACCUUUCCCCAAGCAUCCUGGGACAGCUGCAUGUUGUACUGAGGAAGGCUUGUCUCGAAAACUUUGUCUGGCAGCCUUGAAACAUCCACCCAAGGAGUUCUUCACCUAUAUGGAACCAUCUUCUGAUGAACUUUGUGAGGCCUUCAAAAAAGAUCCCCAUGACAUUGCAGACAGGUUUCUGUACGAGUAUUCCAGUGACAACAGCCAUACCCCGUUGCCGUUGCUGCUGGCCUCUACGACAACCUAUUUAUCCAUUGUUGGAAAGUGUUGUGCCGAUGCGCAUCCCAUGGCCUGCUUCUCAAAAGAGCGGCUGGAAAGGACAUCUCUCCGGACACUCACGCAUCUAUCCAACAAAGCGUGUUCUCGCUACGCCGUGUUUGGCAAAGAUAAAACAAAGCUCAGCUAUUUCAUCACGUUUACCCAGAGAAGUCCCUCUGCUUCCUUUGACGAUGUCUUAUCUCUUGCUGAAGAUUCUGCUGAAGUGCUUUCCAAGUGCUGUGAUUCAAUGGAAGAGCAGUGUAUCCAAAAAGAGGUGUUGGCACACACAGCCAAAAUCUGUGAAAAACUUCCAGGCAGUGAUGACAGGAUUAGAGAGUGCUGCGCCUCAGCGACUGACUUGAGAAAAUAUUUAUGCAUCUAUUCCCUUCCUUGGGCCAAACCUGUUGAUCUUCCCGAUUUUGUGCAAUCAACUGAAGAAGUUCUCUGUGGCGAAGGGCAAGAGAGAGCAUUCUAUGAGUAUAUACAUUACACAGCUCGGAAAUUUCCACGUGCUCCAGAAGCUAUUCAUACUGCCUUGUAUGAUGCUGGCCAAAAAUUUGUGAAUGCUUGCUGCAGUGAUCCCGACUUCAAUGCUUGCUUUAAUCGGAAGAGACUUGAGUCAUCAGAGGAGACAUUAGAAAUACUUUCUAAAGGCAAUCAGCUAUGUGAUGAUUAUACGGAUCACGUUUUCCUGGAAUUCAAGAAAAGGCUAAGAGACACAUAUGUCAAGAAGUUUCCCAAUGCUACUGAAGCUGUCCUUUCUGCACUAGUUCAGCAGCGAGCUAAGUUUGCCUCCACCUGUUGCCUUUUGAAUGCUCCUCCGACUUAUUGUGGAAUGAAGGUGAAAACAGCAGUUGUAGAGACAUGUACUCCAGACAUUUGUGUGAAGAACUAAUGGUGGGAACAUGACAUAGAAAAUGUUGUUAGAAGCUCAGGAAGAUGCAACAGGAAGAGCUUUAAGGGACUGAAUGCCUGAGCUAUCACUGCUGACUUGCAACAUGCCCAUUGCCUUUUGAAAUUGCAAUAAAGGUUCUGUUCUUAUCA